GGCCAGAUUACGCAGUUGUGUUGAUGAUAGUGUGCAAGACGCUUCUGAACACUCAUUCUGCUGCGGGACUGAACACGGCAUGACAAUGAGAGGCUCUGUCGUGAUUUCACUCUGCAUCCUGAUCCAGCUGAGUCUACAAAACACGACGGUGAAAGCAGAGGACGGACCUGUCCUGCAAACCAAGUCAGGGGCCCUGAAAGGUGAAUAUAUAAAAGCGAAGGGAAAGGACACGGUCGUCCACUCCUACCUGGGUGUUCCGUUCGCCAAGCCACCCGUGGGCCCGCUGAGAUUUUCCCCUCCGCAGCCUGCAGAGAAAUGGAGCGGAGUGAGAGACGCUACAAAACAGCCGUUCAUGUGUCUGCAGGACAAGCAGUUAGUUGAAGUCUUGGUAGCCAAUUUGUCUUUGAGUGUAGAGGUUCCUGACUCAUCAGAGGACUGUCUUUACCUCAAUGUCUACACACCUUCUAAACCUGGAGCAAAUGACAAGUUGCCUGUCAUGGUUUGGAUCCAUGGUGGAGGUUUUUCGAUGGCUUCUGCGUCUGUGUUUGAUGGACAUGUUUUGGCUGCCUAUCAGGAUGUAGUUGUGGUUCUAAUUCAGUAUAGACUUGGCCUACUUGGAUUUUUCAGCACCGGAGAUGAACAUGCGCCAGGAAACUAUGGUCUUCUGGAUCAGGUUGCAGCUCUUCAGUGGGUUCAGGAGAACAUCCACAGCUUUGGUGGAGAUCCUGGAUCUGUGACCAUCUUUGGAGAGUCUGCUGGAGGAGUCAGUGUGUCUUUACAUGUUCUUUCUCCAUUAUCCUCAAACCUGUUUCGUUAUGCCAUCGCAGAAAGUGGUACGGCAGCAAUGGAGGCUAUACUGAAUCCCCAUCCUCUGCCAACAGCCCAAUAUGUAGGAAAUGUAUCUGGCUGUGAGAUUUCCUGCACAAAGAAGAUUGUUGACUGUGUGAUGCAGAUGUCAGAAGACGACAUCUUGACACUGGUUAAGGAGCAUCCAGUGCUUCGUUUUGGAGUGACAGUGGAUGGCCGGUUCCUUCCCAAACCUGCAGCAGAGCUUCUUCAAUCCCAGCAGUUUAAUAAAGUGCCUCUGAUCACCGGAAUCACUGAUGAUGAGUGUGGAUUUAUGCUGCCUAAUUUCAUGUCACCUGAAGGAUGGACAGAGGGGAUGGACAUGGAGCAGAUCUUGCCAGUUUUGACCAUGUUUAAUCCAGCUUUUCUAGAUCAGUCAGUUGCUGAGCUUGUUUUAAAUGAGUAUCUGGGCACGUCUCCUGACAGGAUCAAUAUCAGAGAUGGUUUUCGAGAGAUGUUAGGAGAUUUCCUUUUCAACAUCCCUGCUCGCACAGUAGCGAAUUACCACAGAGAUGCUGGUGCACCAGUAUACGCAUAUGAAUUCCAGCAUCCUCCCAGUGUACUCCAGAAGAAAAGACCCAGUUUUGCUGGAAGUGACCAUGGAGAUGAAGUUCUAUUUGUUUUUGGUUUUUGCUUUGCAAAUGGACCUAUAAAUAUAAAAGGUGAACUCUCAGAAGAAGAGAAUGAACUUUGUAAAACUAUCAUGGCUUACUGGGGAAACUUUGCUCGCACCGGGUCACCGAAUGGUGCGGGCCUCACAAAGUGGCCUGAAUAUGGAGCUGAGGCUGAGUAUCUCGGCAUUGGACUGCGACAGAAACCUGGGAAAGACCUAAAGGGAAAACACUUCACGUUCAUGACUCAGACCCUUCCGCGGAUAAUAAAAGAGCGAAAUCAAGGACCUGUAGUACACACCAAACUAGGAAGUUUAAGAGGUGCCUUCCUGACUCCGAAAGGCAAGGAAACAGUGGUCAGUAGCUAUUUUGGUGUACCUUUUGCAAAGCCACCCAUGGGUCCAUUGAGACUUGCUCCACCACAACCUGCAGAGGCUUGGCAAGGAGUGAGAGAUGCUACAAAACAGCCACCCAUGUGUCUACAGUCAAAGGAGAUACUUUUAGACCUGUUAGCUAAUUUGUCUAUGAAUGUGGAAGUUCCUGAAGUAUCUGAGGACUGUCUUUACCUCAACAUUUACACUCCGUCUAAACCUGGAGACAACAGGAAGUUACCUGUUAUGGUUUGGAUUCAUGGCGGAGGUUUUUCUGGAGCCUCUGCUUCCAUUUUUGACGGACAUGUUUUGGCUGCUUAUCAAGAUGUAGUCGUGGUCUUGAUCCAGUACAGGCUUGGUCUGCUUGGGUUCUUUAGCACGGGAAAUGAACAUGCGCCAGGAAACUAUGGUCUUCUGGAUCAGGUUGCAGCUCUUCAGUGGGUUCAGGAGAACAUCCACAGCUUCGGUGGAGAUCCUGGAUUGGUGACCAUCUUUGGAGAGUCUGCUGGAGGAGUCAGUGUGUCUUUACAUGUUCUUUCUCCAUUAUCCUCAAACCUGUUUCGUUAUGCCAUCGCAGAGAGUGGUACGGCAGCAAUGGAUUCCCUCAUGAGUUUCAACCCUCUGCCAAUAGCCCAAUAUUUAGGAAAUAUAUCUGGCUGUGAUAUUUCCUGCUCAAAGAAGAUUGUUGACUGUGUGAUGCAGAUGUCAGAAGACGACAUCUUGAAGAUUGCUAGGGAACAACCAAUGCUUCGUUUUGGAGUGACAAUCGAUGGCCAGUUCCUUCCAAAACCUGUAGACAAGCUUCUUCAAUCCCAAGAGUUUAACAAAGUGCCUCUGAUCAAUGGAGUUACUGAUGAUGAUGGUGGCUUUAUGCUAAUUAAUUUUCUUGGACCCCCAGGAUGGAUAGAAGGAGUGGACAGAGAGCAAAUCAUACCGGUUUUGCCUUUUUUUAAUCCUGAUUUUCAGGAUCAGGCAAUUGCUGAGUUUGUUUUAAAUGAGUAUAUGGGCACAUCCAAUGACAGGAUCGAAAUCCGAGAAGGUUUUCGAGAGAUAAUGGGUGACUUUUUUUUCAACGUCCCAGCUCGCAAAAUAGCGAAUUACCACAGAGAUGCAGGUGCACCAGUCUACAUGUACGAAUUCCAGCAUCCUCCCAGUAUACUUCAAAAGAAAAGACCCAGUUUUGUUGGAAGUGACCAUGGAGAUGAAAUGUAUUUUGUUUUUGGUUACUGCUUCGGAAAAGGACAUGUAAAACUGGAAGAAGAAGUCUCAGAAGAAGAGAAUGAACUAUGUAAAACUAUCAUGGCUUAUUGGGGAAAUUUUGCUCGCACUGGGUCUCCGAAUGGUCCGGGCCUCACAAAGUGGCCUAAAUAUGGAGCUGAGGCUGAGUAUCUCGGCAUUGGACUGCAACAGAAACCUGGGAAAAACUUCAAGGGAAAACACUUUAAUUUCAUGACCCAAAAACUUCCACAGAUAAUAAAAGAGUGGAAGGAAGGACCUGUAGUGCAAACAAAAUUAGGAUCUCUGAGAGGUGCCUUCCUGACUGUUAAGGGGAAGGACACAAUUGUCAACAGCUACUUAGGCGUACCGUUUGCCAAGCCCCCUGUGGGCCCCCUGAGACUGGCUCGGCCCCAGCCUGCAGAGAAAUGGGACGGAGUGAGAGAUGCGACCAAACAGCCACCCAUAUGCCUCCAGGACAGGCAAGUUAGUGUGGUUGAACAUAAGAUUAUCGGUAUAGAUGUGGAGGUUCCCGAGGUUUCAGAAGACUGCUUGUAUCUCAACAUCUACACUCCAGUCAAACCUGGUGAAGAUGCAAAGCUACCAGUUAUGGUUUGGAUUCAUGGUGGAGGACUUGUUCUUGGUUCAGCUUCACUGUACGACGGCUCCGUUCUGUCAGCGUAUCAGGAUGUGGUUGUGGUGCUGAUUCAGUACAGACUGGGUCUGCUGGGAUUCUUUAGCACGGGAGAUGAACAUGCACCAGGAAACUAUGGUUUCCUGGAUCAGAUUGCUGCUCUUAAGUGGGUUCAGGAGAACAUCCACAGCUUUGGUGGAGAUCCUGGAUCUGUGACCAUCUUUGGAGAGUCUGCUGGAGGAGUCAGUGUAUCCUCGCUGAUACUUUCCCCAUUGGCUUCUGGUCUGUUUCAUCGUGCCAUUGCCGAAAGCGGGACGGCCUUAUGGGAUGGUUUAGUGAUGACUAAUCCUUUACGGAAGGCUCAGAAUGCAGCCAAAUUGUGUAAAUGUGACAGCAGCAGCUCAUCGAAGAUCGUCGACUGCAUCAUGCGCAUGUCUGAUGAGAAAGUUCUGGAAUGUUCUAAUCAGUUUGUGAUGUUGGACUUCAGUCUUGCCAUGGAUUCUUAUUUCCUUCCCAAACCUGUUAUGGAGAUCGUAAAGAAGCAAGAGUUCAGUAAAGUUCCUCUCAUCACUGGAAUUACUGAUGAUGAGUUUGGCUAUUUUCUGCCUGAAUAUUUUUGGGGUAAAGGAUGGAUUGAUGGGAUGGAUAAAGAGCAAGCCAUUAAAGGCCUGACCCUCACGUAUCCUGACCCCAGGGAUCGAUGGAUCAUUGAUACGGUAGCAAACGAGUACCUGGGCGUCACAAGUGACCCCAUUAAAAUCCGAGACAUUUAUAGAGAGAUGAUGGGCGAUGUGAUGUUCAACAUCCCCACCCUCCAACUGGCAAAAUACCACAGUGCCUCAGGAGCGCCGGUUUACCUGUACGAGUUCCAGCAUCCUCCCAGUAUGAUCCAGAAGAACAGGCCCAGCUUUGUUGGUGUCGACCACACAGAUGAACUGUUAUUUAUCCAGGGCACCUGCUUCGCUAAAGCCCACCUCAAAGCAAUCGCUCCUUUCACAAAGGAAGAGGAAGAGCUUUGCAGGACUGUGAUGGCCUACUGGGGGAACUUUGCACGCACUGGGUCUCCGAAUGGUCCAGGUCUGACACACUGGCCUGAAUAUGAGGAUGAGACAGAAUAUCUUGGCAUUGGACUGAAACAGAAAGCUGGGAAGAACCUGAAGAGGAAACACUACACAUUCAUGACCAAGACACUUCCAGAUCUCAUACGUCAAGGCAGAGAGAAAAGAGAGCACUCUGAACUGUAAAACAACUGUAUGAGUUUCAUCAGAAAUUAACACAAAGCACUUGAAUGAAUGGAAGACACAAAAAUUUAGUUUGAUUCAAUGUGAGAAUUUAAUUAA